UUCUUGCCUUCAAAUACUAGAUCCUAUUUAUCCCUACUAUCUUUGUUUAACCAUAGUACCUCUGAAGGAGCAUACAUAGUACCAUUUUUUAAGACUAUAUAUUUAUAUAAUUAUGCCUAUCAAUAUGAGUUUAACUACAAUUAAUCACCCCCAGAAUAGCCUUAACAGUCCAAGGCUGGUCUUUAGCCUAUUUACUAAGACAUAUACACAUAAUCCAGAAAGUGAAGAAUCUGCUGAAUCAAGAAUAGCCACCACUCCUAAAUCAACUAAACUUAAGAUUCGUGUGACCAAUAUACAUUUACAGCCUAGAAAGCACAGAUAUAGAGUACAGAAAAUAACUAGUAAUGCUUGUGAUGUUUGUCAUAAAAAGAAAGUUCGUUGUAUUAAACAAGAGAACUCAACUUGUAAGAGAUGCGAAAGACAUAAAAUUAAGUGUACAUUUAAUAGACAACUUAAAACACCAGGCCCCCCUCCAAAGGCAUCCCGACCCAAUAUUUUCCAAGAAAAUGAGACUAUUGAAUAUAGGCCAACACUUUCAAAUCUUAUUGAGAAUAUAAAAUUAAUAGGAGAAGAACCAAUUAUUCGUGAUUCACUUUUACCAUUUACAGUUCAAUCGCUAAUUUUAAAUCAUAGUAAAUUAACCGAUUUUUUAAAUGUCAAUUUAGUCAAUGGAUCAAAUCCUCCAAUUAUUCCAAUGGACCAAAAAAUUGAUCUUUCAAACCACCAUUGUUAUCCCUUAUAUUUAUCACAAAUUCUUAUUAUCCUUACUAUCAAUUUAUUAAUUGCCGAAAUAUUAAUCAAAUUUAAGAAGAGAAAAUUCUUUGAAUUUUCUAAAUAUCCCAGAAAAUACAUGAAUAGGGAUUUCAAGAUUUUUAAGGAGUUAUGUCACUUAAAGUGUAUUGAAAUAUUUUCUAUCUUAGAGACGAAUUUAAUAGUUCCUUCAGUGAUUCCACUGAAGUCAGUUAGCUCAAAAGCUGGGGAAAACAAAAAAAAUAGUAUUAAUAGUGAAAAUAAGUUACACAAGCUUCACGAAAUAUUUUAUAACAUGUCAUUGAGUUGUUUGCAUCUUUGCAAUUAUUAUCAUACGUUAAAUUUAACCAAUACUAUAAUUGCAGUUAACAUGAGUGAUAGUAAUAGUGAUUUAACGGAAGUAUUUGGAAAUGAGAUGCAAGAAUAUCAAAAAGUAUUAAAUUUGAAUAGGAGUAUUACCUAUUUUCAAUUAAUUAAUAUUAAGAAGAACGAUAACAAUUUAAAUAUUAAGCUUUCAGAAUUAUUUGAAAUGAUAUUCACAUUUGAAAGAUAUUAUUUAAUAUUUUCAUCAUUUAAUUAUAAUAUGCAUAGAUUCCGUAAUAAUGAUAUUAUAACUCAAUUGACUUAUAAUAAAAUAAGAUGCGAAAGUAAUAAUCAACCAGAUAGACUUUUCCAAUUGUUAAAUUCCUUAGAAGAUGAAGAAGAAUAUGAUGAGAAACAUUUCUCAAAUUUAUGUAAAAACACAAGUUUUAAUGUGAAGUUGAAGUAUGCCAAAGAUGGGACUUUAUCAGACUACUGGAGACUAAAAAGAUUGAUCAAUUCAUUUAAAAUUAAAAAUAAAACCAAAACCAAAUCUAACACAGGUUAUAAUGACAGAAUAUUCGAGAUUAUUAGGAAUGUGAUAUUGUUUAAAUUAUUAUUAAUAUACCCAAUUGGAUUUGAAGUAUUAAGGAAGGAAUUAUAUAAAUUAAUUGCUAAUUUAAAUCAGCAAUUACAGCCAUCAGAAUCAGAAGUUUUCAAAUUGAGGAUUUCUAAUUAUCAAUUGAUACCACAUUUAUUACAUUUAUUAAAAGCUAUUUUACAUGUUGAAAAUAAAUUUAACAAUCCAGGUAAUGUAGAAAUAGAUAAACUAAAAUUUUUCAGUCCAGAUAGUGCAAAUCAACUUUUAACAUUCACAAAUUACUUGUCUUUACAUUUUACAUUUUUUAAUCAUAUUGGCUUAUUAAUAAGGACAGACACUUUAUUGAAUAAUUGGUUUGUUGAUGCGCAAGAAAAGCUAGAAGAUCAGCGAAAUUCUGGUUACCAUUUACAAGAAGAAUUACAGGAUAAUACUAAUAAUGCUUCAGAAACUCAUGAUUCAUUAGAGGAAGGGCAUUCUUAUGAUACUACUACUAACAUUUCAGAUCCAAGUAUUCCUGAAAAGCGAUUUAGUAUUGAUCACGAUGACGAUGCUGAAGAUGCGAAUAGGAUUCCAGAAGAUAACUACUUACAGGAACUCUCCCCUGAUUCACGUUCCUUGCUCUGGACUUGAAUAAUUGUAUGGAUAAUAAGGGCUAGUGGUAAAGCCACAUCAGCUCUUCGAAUUAUAAUCAGACUACUUAGCGAAACAUUAAAUUAUAUAGAAUUAUUUAUGUUUACAUAGAAAGAAGUAUAUUUAGACUAGAAAGAUUACGAAUCAAAUAUGAAAAUA